AUGACUGGGUAAGGCGAAACUUCUUUCUUCCAGAAGCAGCUCACGUCCAAAUUUUCGUUGAAAUGAAUUCUACGUAACAGUGAAGUCAUAUUUAAUCCUACUACUUUGCCACCACAGGAUAAAUUCUAUCAAUGCUGUCCCGGAUAUGCAGGACUAAUCGGAAAAUGCCUGCCCGUUUGUUCUACGGACUGCGGGCCAAAUGCGAUUCGCCGGAGCACUGUGCUUGCAUAGAUGAUGACUAUGAGAAGAUCGAAGGUGGCACGGGAUGUAAGCCAAAGAUGAAUAGAAACUUAUGCGUGGACAAGGACUUGGCAGACCAAAAUCGUUGGAUAACGUUUAGAUCAAACAACCAAGGGGUGCCACCAAUGGUGUGCUGUGAUGGCUAUGAGAGGCUGAACGAGUCGAAGACCUGUUUGCGAAAGGUGGACGAGCAUGAGUGCACAGAACUGAUUCAGGUCUGGGAUAAGCAAACGUUGGCUCCCAAUGGAGUCUCGCGAAUUACGACAACGCAAUUGCAACGAGUUUGCUGCGAGGGCUACAAGAGGCAAACGACAAACGAACCUUGCCUCCCCCAAUCGGAAGUAAGUAACAUCAUCGAGCAUGUUCUUCAAUAUGUUUCUGUUAACUUAUCUAUUAAGGUAACUGAUGGUGCUUCAAGGAAUUUGAAAGCCCACGUAAGAAUUCCGAUUCAUCUGCAGAAAAUGGCGCAAAAGACGAGCCACAAGAAUACGUAAGUAAACUAAAGUAUAAGUAAAUUAUAAAAGUUGAUCUAAAAACGUUCCACGGAUGAGCCUGAAAUUAAAAAGUCGCUGACGCUAGAUGAUUUAGGGAAAAUGUACAAAGACUUAGAUCUGACCACUGAUUUCGAAGGUAUGGUAAUAUUUAUUUAAAAUAUUAACUUAUUAUUUAUUCCACAUGCUAGGAUUUCAAUUUUUUAUCUAAGUAAUCUAAAAUGCUUCAUUAACUAUAUUCCAACAGGCUGAAGAACAAACUGAUUCGCUCAAGCCUACGCCCUUGGCUGUCACAGCAGCGCCCGUAAGUAUGAAAGUGAAUCAAAUGUCAACAAAAUUACCCAAGGCAACAAAUAUGGAAGUUGAAGUCUCAACGCCUAGGAAUCCCAAGAAUGUAGAAAGGGAAACUGAACUUUGGGAAAACUUGCAUCCUACACUGCCAACCGAUUGCUUAGUAAGUAAAUACAAACUUUCACAAGGAAUUAAGUAUUAUAAGU